AUGCACCAAUUCCGCCAUCUUCAUACAAUUUGUGGCCGUGCUCCUCUCACGACUUCUCACUGCCUCGCGACAUUUGGUGCUUCGAACAAUGGACCUUCAUUGGGAUGUGCCCCCGAGACAAAUUGCAUUCUUCCGCUAGCACCGCACAUUGUUUGUUCCGUAUGAAGUUCGCCUCUCGAUUCGUGUAUACAUGUGGCGACACAAGGCUCCAAUUAUUCGCAGAGGAAUCGAAGAGAAGAAGAAUCGACCAGAAAAUCUGAAAACGAACGUGUGCGUUUUUCACGAGCACUGUCGGAUUCAAUUUCCUUCUAUUCUUUUCAACGUACGAGCUGCUGGGUUCAUUCGUGCGGUGUCGCACUCUUGCACGCCGAGCUCUAGGGUUCAAAGAAAGCGAAUGAAGUGGAAAAUUUUGUGACUUUUCCAACGAUGAAUUUGAACAUGAGCUGCGUAGUUAUCGCUGGCAGUUUCCACGGUUCGUGUCAUCUGAGUGGCUGGAAAGGCGAUGCGAGCAACCUUUUGAGGCGAAAUCCGAAUCGCCCGUGGCAGCAGGGGCUUGUCAAUGGACGGGCUACAACGACGAUAAGGUCGUCAUGGCAAGAGCUGGCAGGCGUGGUGGUAUUUUCUGCGCUUCCGUUCUCGGUGGUGAAGGCAAUCGCUAACAGUUCUUUAGGGGAAGCUCUCCAGGAGCGAAUGAUGAAAACCAAGGCUGCGGCGCAGCUCGAUGCAGAGGCCGCGAAAGCUGCUCAAGCGGACGCGAGGGCGAAGAGUUUAUGGUUCGGCGAUUCUCGGCCCAAAUUCCUCGGGCCUCUCCCUUUCGAUUAUCCCCAGCACUUACAAGGCGAAUCCCCAGGCGACUAUGGAUUCGACAUUCUUGGACUGGGCCGAGAAACCGCAAAUUUCGACAAAUUCUUCAACUUCGAAAUCCUCCACGCACGAUGGGCGAUGUUGGGAGCCAUGGGCGCAGUCAUUCCCGAGCUUCUGGUCCGAUACGGCGGCUUGAGCUUCAGCGAACCAGUUUGGUGGCGGGUAGGCUACGCGAAGCUGCAGGGCGAAACUCUGGACUACUUCGGAAUCCCCGGUCUGCAUGUCGCCGGAGCGCAGGGAGUGUUGGUGAUCGCCUUCUGCCAGGUUCUUCUCAUGGUAGGCCCCGAGUACGCAAGGUACUGCGGCAUCGAGGCGCUGGAGCCUUUGGGAGUGUUCUUGCCCGGAGACAUCAAUUAUCCUGGCGGUGCCCUUUUCGAUCCGCUCGGCCUUUCCAAGGAUCCCUCCACAUUCGAGGAUCUCAAGGUGAAGGAAAUCAAGAAUGGGCGCCUGGCUAUGGUGGCGUGGUUGGGCUUCUACGCGCAGGCUGUUGUCACAGGAAAAGGUCCUGUCGAAAAUGCUCUUGAUUUUCUCAGCGACCCUGCCCAUCAAAACCUUUUCGCAUAUGCCACUUCUUCCUAAUCAUGUAUAUUGGAUGGAACCAGAAUCGCCACCUUAGAUUCGAGUGACACGAGAUCUGCUCUAAUUCAAUUUACAAUGUACAUACUGUCGAUCGAUUAUUUUAGAAAUCUUCAAUAAAAUUUUGUGUCUUUGUGUC